GACCUAGUCAUCAUCAUUCAUCAAUCAUGCCGCCUCGACGUCGAACUCAGUUUACACAAGAGAGCAUUGAUCAACAGCUCCAGCAGAUCCACCUCCUCGACCCAUCUUCGUCAUCUGAGAACCUCGAACAGCUUGGUCCAAUAAUCAAACAGAUACAUGCCGGCAGACAGCAAGAAAUGUAUCUUCGUAACCUGCAAGGGUUAAUCGAAUCAAAAGACAGUGAAAUUGAAAGCAUCUGUGCCGACAAUUAUCAGGAGUUUAUAUCUUCAGUUUCGACCCUGUUCACCGUGAAGUCAUAUACGACAAACCUGCGGGAGAAGAUUACAAAUUUGGAUGCCAGCGUGUCACAGGUUGGGAGAGGGCUUGUGGAGAAGAAGAGGGCGCUUUUGCAGUCCAAAAAGACGGCUUCCAGUUUAGAUGAAGCAAUUGACACCAUGCAGGCUUGCUUGCGGGUUCUUGACGUUGUAAAUCGUGUCGGGGAAAUGGUAAAGGAGGGGAAAUAUUGGAGUGCACUCAGGUCAUUAGAGGAUAUUCAACGUAUGCCAUCGACGUCUUUAUCCCAAACACCGUUCUAUCAGCAUAUUCUCUCAUCAUUGCCGUCCCUGCGAAACCAGAUACAGAGUGCAGUAACAGCCUCUAUGAAACAAUGGUUACUGGAGAUAAGGAAUGUCAGCGGCCAGGUUGGCAAGUUCGCCCUCGAGUCCAUGGAAUCACGAACGCGUCGAUGGAGAGCUCGCCGAGACAAAGAUCCAAUGUUGAGAUUAAGCCGAGUUGGCAGUGCCGUAGAGAUGGUAACCCAUGAAAGAACAGACAACAAUGUGCUCGACAACGAGAAAUUAAAAGUAGAUUUCACACCGUUACACCAAUGCAUACAUAUAUAUACUUCUCUCGACUCUCUCGACGAAUUACGGCAAUCCUAUCAAGCUGAUCGUAAGGCCCAAUCCGACCUCAUUCUUCCAACGCCUCUUCCACUAUCAUCUCUGAUCUCUCUAACACAAGAGAUUUGUGGCUUUUUCAUCAUCGAGAAUCACGUUCUAAGCACGACGGGAAACUUCCGCUCUGAACGUGAUGUCGAGGAGCUAUGGGAAGCUCUUGUCACACGAUUUUCAUCUGCUAUAGAGGACUCGGUAAAGGCUGAGACCGAUCCCGAUGCAUUCCUCAAGAUAAAAGAGUGUCUCAUCGGGUUUAUCAUGACUCUUGAGUCCUUUACGUACUCUACGCACUCACUACAGUCCUUCAUACUCGUCCUCUUUGAGAAAUAUGCGGCAUUACUGGAGAAGCAAUUCAGUCAUCGCUUUGACACGAUUGUGCUGCAAGAUGACCAUCAGGCUAUGUACGUUGCGAAACCCACCGACCGGGAUAACGUGCUCGGAAUGGUGUGGCUCAGCCCAAUAGAGCAAGAGGAACUUGCCAAGGGUGCCCUUCCUAUGAACUUACCGUGGUCCCAAAGUUUUUAUUUAUGUUGUCAAGAUAUACGCACUUUUGUUCAGAAAUUUUAUCAAUUUGUGGAGGGCGUCUCACAACAUCACGCAAAUAUUGAUGAGCUGUUGAGCAAGUCACUGGAUCAGCUCCUUUCUGAUCACGUUAGCGAAAGCGUAGGAAAACGCCUCGCUGGCACAUCAACACUUUCCCAGAUCGCCCAGAUCGUCACUAAUCUGGAACACUUUCAAGUAGCAUGUUCAGAACUUGAACGGUCGCUUACCAAUCUACGUUCGACUCAACGGGGUGGUACGAUUCGUCUAACUUCUUCUGCUUCCUUCUCUGCUACAUUAUCUCGUGCCCUGCAACGCAUUACUGGCCUUAUUACGUCUAAGCUUGACGACUUUUUUGAAUUGUCUGAGUAUGACUGGACGCCACACACUCGCGAAGAUAAUCCGAGCAUGUAUUUGUUUGAGCUAGUUCACUGGCUCACCACUGUGGUGGACUCGCUAGUAAUCGAAGAGACGUAUAAGGAUGAGGCUUAUAAAGGAGCUGUAGCAUACAUUGCUGAGUGUCUCAUGGAUUUUUUGACGGGGAAACAUAUACCGGCCAUCAAUGAGAAUGCAAUUUCUAACAUCCUGGUCGAUGUUGACUUUCUCGAUGGAGAAUUCAAGCGCAUCAAAAGGCCGCAUCUCAUCAUAGUGUUUAGCGAGCUUCGUACCAUGACUGCCAUCGUACUGAAUGAUAAAGUCCAAGAUUACUUGGUCCCCCAAAUCCGCCAAGCGUCAUACAGCACUGUGAAGCCUAAACGGCUACAGGUGUUACUUGAGAAGCUUUCGAAGUACGGUGCUUCCUGUAGAGAUAAUGCAUCUCGAGAUAAAGGAGAAAAACGCAGGAAACAGGCAGAUGCAGUGGGUAGACUGUUCCCCGGAGAAAAUCGCUAGCUAUUAGUAUUGCCCAUGUUGUUCUCAUUUCUUAAUUUAUGUCGCUCGCAAACGCUCCUGUUCGCCCUGGAUUUUCCAGGAGUUUUAUAAACCUCUAAGGUCAAAUUUAUACACAAAAUGGAAAUGUCGGAAACGAGGUGAAAUCCUUGUAUAACGAACGGGAAGCCAGUGGAAUCAAUAAAAGGAAAUAGAGUGGAUAAUGAUGAGAACAAGACGAGCGAGGAUUCAGUAAUAAGCUGUAUAGGUUUUUGACAUCACAUAGGAUCGUAGAGUGCGGUAAGGCUAACACAAGACCCGGAAGACGUAAAAACAGUGGACCACUAUCCCCGACGCUUGAUGUUCGUCGCCAACCACUCGAGACCCUCAUAAAGACCAUCCCCAGACGUGGCACAGGCACCUGAAUGUACCAGGUUCUCUGUCUGAGGCCGUGUAGACCAAGCUUGUCGGUUAUUUCAGCAGCGUUCAUGGCAUUGGGGAGAUCUUGCUUGUUGGCGAAGACAAGAAGGAGAGCAUCGCGCAGUUCGUC